AUGAAGUGGCAGUUGAGGAGACCGGUACUCUCUGAUGUUGAUGAAAAGCCCAAGGAAGGAGACAAGGCUGAGAACGUGGUCAUUAUCAAUUUGAAGGUGGUGUGGCAGGAUGGUUCUGUGGUGCAGUUUAAGAUUAAGUGGCAUAUAUCACUUAAUAACUUACUAAGAGCCUAUUGUGAAAGGAAGGAUUUGUCACUGGAAAUGGGGGAUGAAGAUACAAUUGAUGGGAUCAAGCAGCAGACAGGAGUAGUCUACUAA